ACACAAAAAAUUAGUAAGGCGCUGUUUGGCAACUUCUGAAUCGGUAAGUGCUGAACCAGUAAGAGGUCUGAACCAUUAAGUGCUGAACCAGUAAGAGGUCUGAACCAUUAAGAGCUAGUAUAUUGCUUAACUAUUCAGAGGCAAAUGUCUGAUCAAUUCAGAUAAGAGGUCUUAACCAUUCAGACUCUGUAUAAUACUUAACCAUUCAGAGGCAAAUCUCUUAACCAUUCAGACUUCUGAACCAUUAAGAGGCUGAAACAAACAGGAUCCAUUCCCUCUGAAAACAUCAAAACAAUGGUUUCAAUCUCUGCAGCCAUUCCAAUAACCCUUUGCCUUUUGAUCUUCUCUGCUAAACCAAACACAUGCCAGAAGACAAUAGAAGCCCUGUGUGCCAACACCAUAGACCCCGGCUUCUGCCGCCGAGUCCUCGCCGCAAGCCCCACCCAAUCGCCGGACGGCCUGCUCAAGGCCGCCGUCUCGCAGGCGGCCGCCGACGCAGUGGCCACCGGAGAUUUAAUCAAGAGCCUUCUCAACCAACCCAAUGACCCCAACCUGGUGGCCUAUUCUCAGUGCUCCAAUUACUACAGCGCCGCCGUGGCGGCUCUGGACGCCGCGUCUCAGCUUCUGGGAUCUCGCCCCGCUGCUGAUGUCAAGAACGAUGUCGCCUCCGCGGCUUCGACCGUGCAGAAAGAUGGCGACCACUGCGAGGCUUCGUUCGACAAUGGGGCGAAACACGCCCUCUCCUCGGAAAAUAGGAGGCUUAAGAUUCAUGGAAAUAUUAUAUCAGUUGUUUGUGAUGCCAUAUGAAUGUGGAAAUCAAUAACCAGACAGGUC